AUUCGGUGAGAAUUUAUACACAUAUUAUAAUAAUCCUAGUUUAAAGUAAAACUUGUGUUGUACUUCCUUCAGUCCUAAACAAACACUGACUUCAGACAAAAGUCUAUACUAAUAUAACUAUUUGAACAAACUUGCCCACCAUGCAAUUCUUUAAAAGUGCAUUAGCUUCGAUGAUUUAAGUCUAAGGUUCCCUACUGAAAAGUUACAGGCUGAAACAGGCCCUUUAAUGUGAGAGAAAUAUAACUGGGAUGUAUGCCAGCUGAACGCUGUGAGGCACAAAGCAUUGCUGAGUGCAGGCCAAAUGCUCUGGGGCAACCACUGAGUUCACAUCUUGUUUUGUUUUUUUGUGUGAGUGGUUUGUGUGUCUGUUUGAGUGUAGUUUAUCAUCACUGUACUUGCUACUGUACAUCUUACUCAAGUCACUAAUCUAAGACAUCAUAUUUUUAGUCCUCAGCUCAGCACAUAUAGAACAUGUUUACCUGUAUGCCCACCCAUUAAAUCAGCCCCCACUUACACUGGACCAUUUCCCCUUUAAAUCCGUCUCUCUCAGAGCUGCUGCAAAAGUCCCAGCCCUCUGUUGGUGGUCCAGCAGCUUUAUUGUCUCAGUUGUUAACUACUGUAUCUGUCACUCACAGGAGAAGAAUAUAACACCAUGACUACAGGAAACAAGCUUUAAGUAGCUGUGUGUACAACCUCACACAAACAUACAUACAGAACAGAGAAAAGUGCACAGUCUAAGAAAACACUGCACAACUGUACCACGUCUUGUGUUUUCUACAUUGAAGUAUCUGUUGUACCAGACACACAGCAUUCAGGGCUGCUGGUGAUUCUAGUGAACCAACAGACACAAUGUUCAUCAAACAUUUUGACCUACGACACCCCCGUCGCUAUCAUGAGUUAUUUCUGCCCAGUCGACCCUACAGGGGAGAACCACCUGCAGUGGCAGGGUAUCUCCUCUACCCAGACACUCCUGCAAAGAUGGAGACAACAUCCCAAGAAGAUUUCUGCUUCAGACCGGCCCCACAGCAAGAUAGAGGCAAAGGAGACUGUGUUGCCAAGAACACACAGCAGGAGUCCCGUCGUUCUCCUUCCACAAUCUCCAGACAAACAGGAAGAGGAAACAUUAGCAGGGGCUGGGAAAUACAGGAGGAUGAGCGAGGGGGCAACGGCAGCAAUGGGACAGCUGUGAAAAAAGAGCAAGUCGCAGCAGAGAUGCAGUCUCAGUAUCAAAAGGAUUUCCCUCCUCCAUCUUCCUGCUGCAGGAGACGGACACCUGCCCUCCCACAGCCAGACAACAUCUGCAUCAACCCUGCAUUCAGAUUCGAAUUCAGCACAGUCCAAAGAGAGACUUACCCAGGUUGGCCGGUUGUGAGCUCCAGGUUUGCUGCAAAGCUGAGAGCGUCUUCGUCUGGAAUACCAAACAUGACUUACAGACAUUAGUCCAUAAAAAAAAAAGUUUUUUGUGUGUGCACUUUUUAGUAAUAUAUAUGUUGGACAAGACAGUCAAAACUUCCCAGCUCAUCUGUGAUCCUAAAAAUGACAAUUUAUAAACAGAAAUAGAGAAAAUGUUUAAUUCCAUCACUUUGAAACAGUCACUUGCCUGUUCUAGUCAUGUACU